AUGGAGGACGGUACAGCACCGCCGAAGGCGACUCGAAAAUGGUACCACUGGUAUUCACCAGAUGACACACCUGAAGAACGGCGGCUUCUCUUGAAACUCGACAUUCUCAUUAUUCCUAUCGCGCUGCUGUCUUUUUGGAUCAAGAACAUGGACUAUGCCAACAUCAACAAUGCAUACGUUUCCGGAAUGAAAGAAGAACUGCACUUUUUCGGCAAUGAACUUGUUCAAUUCCAGACAGUCUUCACCAUCGCUUCCGUUGUUGGACAAUUGCCGUUCGCGUUCCUGUUUCCAAAAGUGCCAAUGUACAUCCUGGUCCCGAGCAUGGAGCUUAUCUGGGGAGUCUUCAAUCUCCUACAGUUCAAAAGCCAGAGCUUUGGCGAAGAACUCGCUUACCGUUUCAUGGUUGGAAUCUUUGAGAGUGCGUUCUUUCCAGGUGUUCAAUACGUCCUUGGCUCAUGGUACCUGGGGCAUGAGAUCGCUCGCCGCGGAGCCUUCUUCUACGUUGGACAAACUGUCGGCGCUCUAUCCACCGGCUUACUCACUGGCUCUAUUGCGACCACUUUCGCUGGACGUCACGGUCUAUCGGGAUGGCGAUGGAUGUACAUCUUCACGUCAGUGAUUACAUUCCCGAUUGCGAUAAUGGGAUACUUCCUUUGGCCAGGAACUCCUCUUAAGCCAAAUAAGCUUUUCCUGACUGAUAGCGACGUUGCACUUGCCCGCAAGCGUCUUGAACGUCAUGGCCAUAUGGAUAGCAAUGAUGUGGAGAACCCUAGCUUGAACUGGACGCAGAUCAAGAAAACGUUCCGGGGUUGGAGAGUAUGGGUUCUCACAAUCUGGGAUAUCACAUUCUGGCUUUCCGGCCUUCAUGUUUCAGGUGGAACAUACCUCUUAUGGAUAAAGAGUUUGAAAAGGUACGGUGUGAAAGACAUUAAUAACCUUGGCUCUACUGCCCCAGGGGUGGGCAUUUUGUAUCUUCUUGUAUUCUGCUUUGCCUCGGACAUGUUUCUGGGUCGUCCAUUGGCGCUCUCCAUCUCCUAUGCAUGGAACAUGAUCGGCGUGCUUAUCUUGGUCAUCUGGAGCGUCCCAGAGUCUGCGAAGUGGUUCGCCUACAACACCAUUUAUGGAGCGACGGUCAUCUCCCCUGUUUUUCACGGCUGGGCGAACGACAUCCUGAAACAUAACAGUGCAGAGCGAGCAUUUGUGCUUGUAUUCAUGAACUCCGUGGCUCAGGGUAUGUCGGCCUGGCUUCCGCUGCUAGUUUUCCCGACCGUGGAAGCACCUAGGUUUAGAAAGGGCUUUCCGUUCACGCUAGCGGUUUCGUUCUUGUUCUUGGGGAUGACGCAGGUGGUGAGACACCUUCAUAAACGGCAAGAGUACGUCGCCUCCUUCUAG